CUCUCUUUCUCUCUCUUUUUCUUUCUGAUGGAGGACUCAAGAAGCGGUUACGGGCAACUGUUCAUUGAAGACUCCGACCUCUAUAACCGCAUUGUUCUCGGUGCCUUCUUGCCUCAUAGCGCGUGGGCUUCACUCCCUCGCUUUUUCCAAACAUGGCUCCGCAACUACAUUGGUGGAGUCCUUCUCUACUUCAUCUCUGGCCUCUUAUGGUGUUUCUACAUUUACUAUUGGAAGCGUAACGUUUAUGUCCCCAAAGAUUCCGUUCCCUCACGUAGAGCCAUGCUCUUGCAAAUUUCUGUGGCAAUGAAAGCCAUGCCUUGGUACUGAUGUUGUGUAUUUAGCAAUUUAUAUGAUUAUUGUAGAGUUUGGUAUUUAUUGGAUGCACAGAGAGCUCCAUGACAUAAAGCCACUUUACAAGUAUCUUCAUGCUACUCAUCAUAUCUAUAACAAGCAGAACACUCUCUCCCCAUUUGCUGGAUUGGCAUUUCACCCUCUUGAUGGGAUACUCCAGGCAUUACCACAUAGCCUUUCUCUAUUUAUUAUCCCAGUCCAUUUUACUGCACAUUUGGCACUCAUAUUCAUCGAAGGCAUCUGGACUGCGAAUAUUCACGACUGCAUUCACGGAAAAGUGUGGUCUAUUAUGGGUGCUGGUUACCACACCAUUCACCAUACCACAUAUCGCCAUAACUACGGCCACUACACCAUAUGGAUGGACUGGAUGUUCGGGACUCUUCGCGACCCUGAGGAGGACGAAGGUAAGGCGAUGUGAUGGGUUUAGUCUUACAUCGAUAUUUGAUUAUCCAUUUUCUUGCUUAGUCUUGAAUUAUCUUUUACUGGAUGGUUGAAAUGUGCUUUUUUUUUUUCAUGUAAAGCAUAAAG